CUCCACAGAGCGAACUACGCACGGAAGAAGAAAACUAUCAGCCCCAAACACCAACAUGGCGCCCGCUUCGACCGACAACUUCACAUGAAAGUGUCGCGUUGCACAUUGGCUUUAUCUGUUUUGCGCUAAAAGAAGGUCGGGGGUGUCUUAGAGCAGCCCCCCGUCGGGCAAUACCAACAAGGGGAUACAAGUGAAGGUGGAACAGCAACAAAGUGUCUUCUUCAUGUCAGCGCUCUGAACAGCUGGUCAACCCAGCCAUGAUCGAGGACAAAGGCCACCGUGUGACGGACUACUUCGUGGUGGCCGGCCUCACGGAUAAGUCCACGCCCCUGGAGCAGGACCUGUCGGAGACCAAGUCCAGCGGGCCCAAGGCGCCCAUCGUGGACCUGGCGGUCAUCAACCGCUCGGCAGGAGAGGCGGUGCCAGAGGGCUUCACCUGCAUCGACAUCACCCCCGGGGGGCUGCAGGCCAACCUCAACCACGGCAGCCUCAAGAGCCCCGAGCUGUUCCUCUGCUACAAGAGGUGCCGCGUCAAGCCCCCCCUCAUCGACAUUGGGGUGCUGUACGAGGGCAAGGAGCGCCUCAUCCAGGGGUGCGAGGUGCUGCAGGCCACUCCCUACGGCCGCUGCGCCAACGUCAACAACAGCUCCACCACCUCCCAGCGCAUCUUCAUCAACUACCGCCGGGGGCCCGCCGUGCAGCCGCAGAACUCGCUGGCCGUCACCGACAUCUGCGUCAUCGUCACCAGCAAGGGCGAGACGCCGCCACACACCUUCUGCAAGGUGGAGAAGAACCUCAACUGCGGCAUGUGGGGCUCCAACGUGUUCUUGUGUUACAAGAAGUCUGUGUCCUCGUCCAACUCCAUCACGUACAAAGCCGGUCUCAUCUUCCGCUACCCGGAGGAUGACUACGAGUCCUUCCCUCUGUCCGAGUCCGUGCCCCUCUUCUGUCUGCCCAUGGGGGCCAAGAUCGAGUGCUGGGCCCCCAGCACCAAGGACCCCCUGCCUGUGUUCUCCACCUUCGUCCUGACCAUCUCCACGGGGGAGAAGGUGUACGGCUCGGCCAUCCAGUUCUACGAGCCCUACUCGGAGGAGCUGCUGAGCGAGAAGCAGAAGAUCCAGCUGGGUCUGCUCACCACGGUGGAGAAGAAGCCGGUGCCGGGCCGCCACGUCACGGCCAACAAGUGCAUCUGCCUGCUCUCCCGCUGGCCCUUCUUCGACUCCUUCCGCAAGUUCCUGGUGUUCCUGCACCAGCUGUCCUUCUCGGGCCCGCAGCCGCUGCCCAUCGAGAAGCACAUCUCACACUUCAUGCACAAUGUAUCGUUCCCUUCCCCACAGAGGCCAAGAAUCCUUGUUCAGCUCUCGGCGUUUGACACCCUGAUGCUCUCCCAGCCAGUCUGCACCCCCUUACCUCUCAGCGGGGCGGACUAUGGCACCCUGGUGACCAACCUGGGCCCGGAGAACUGCGGCACGCUGCUGCACCUGGUGCUGAUGGAGAGCAAGAUCCUGCUGCACUCGCUGAGGCCCGACGUGCUGACCGGGGUGGCCGAGGCCGUGGUGGCCAUGAUCUUCCCCUUCCAGUGGCAGUGCCCCUACGUCCCCCUGUGCCCGCUCUCGCUGGCCGACGUCCUCAACGCGCCCUGCCCCUUCAUCGUGGGGGUGGACUCCCGCUACUUCGACCUCUACGACCCCCCGCCCGACGUGGUCUGUGUGGACCUGGACACCCAGACCAUCUACCAGUCUGACGAGAAGAGACACAGCAGCUGGAAGAACCUUCCCAAGAAGCCGUGCAAGAGCCUGGUCAAUUCCCUGAGCACACUGGCCGCCGCACGGAGAGCAGAGGCCCCCCCAGUGGAGGCCAGCCCCGUGGAGGUGGACUUCACCCUGCACAAGAAGACCACGCUGCGGGAGAUGGAGAUCCAGGAGGUGUUCCUGCGCUUCAUGGCCACCAUCCUGAAGGGCUACCGAAGCUACCUAAAGCCCAUCACCCAGGCGCCGUCCGAGAAGGCCACCUCCGCCGACUCCCUCUACGACCUGCAAGGGUUCCUGAAGAGCCGCGACCGCACCCACCAGAAGUUCUACGGCCAGCUGACCAAGACGCAGAUCUUCAUCCGCUUCAUCGAGGAGUGCACCUUCGUCAGCGACAAGGAUACCGGCCUCGCCUUCUUCGACGACUGCAUCGAGAAGCUUUUUCCUCCCGAUAAAGGCGGCGACUCCAAGGCCAACAAGGUGGAGGGGGAGUCCUCGGAGGAGACCAAGCUGAUGGAGCUGGACGAGUCCCAGAGGAGCGAGCACACCGUCUUCGUCAUGCCCCCAGAGCCCCCCUGUGAGGGCGGGGCCGAGCCCCCCCCCCGCUACAGUUACAAGCGGUUCCCCCGGCUCCGCAUGGAGCUGUUCGACCGGCCCAAGGAGCUGCGGCCGGCCCUGGACAUGAGGACGGCGGGCUCUAGUCUGUCCAGCAGCCCCGCCCUGCUGGCCAAGAGGACCAAGCAGGAAGUGAAGCUGGCGUACAAGGUGGCGAAGCGCUCCAACUCGGACCCGGCGCAGUGGGCGCGCUGCCUGUUCAGCCACAGCUACAGCCUGUGGUUCAUCUGCCUGCCCCCCCGCCUGCGUGUGGCGCGCUCCAAGGCCCGCGCCAUGCACCAGGCCUACGACGUGCUGCUGCGGAUGAGGAUGGCCGAGGUGGAGAUGCUGGACGAGGUGUGCUACCGCGUGGUGAUGCAGCUGUGCGGUCUGUGGGAGCAGCCUGUGAUGGCGGUGCGCGUUCUGGUGGAGAUGAAGAAGGCCGGCGUGCACCCCAACGCCAUCACCUACGGGUACUACAACAAGGCGGUCCUGGAGAGCCCGUGGCCCAGCCGCAACCGCAGCGGCCUCUUCAUGUGGACCAAGGUGCGCAACGUCCUGCGAGGGGUGGCCCAGUUCAAGCAGCUCAACGACCGGCCCCUGACCACCAAGAACCCCACGAUCACCACCACAGCCGCGUCCCCGCCCACAUCAGGGGGGGUCCGGGCCGCCGACCGCCUGAGCCAGCUCAGCGCUGACAGCUCCGGCGAGCCCAACGGCGAGCAGAGCCUGCUGUUUGGCGUGGGAGACCCUGCGGACACAUGUUACACUACCGGAGGGCAGCAGUCAGACCAGGGCUACGGCUCAAAGGACGAGCUCCACCAGGACCCCGUCCAGGCCUCCGGCGCAGGCCUGCAUCCCGCCAACAGUCCUGUGGUCUCACUGGACGGCGUCGCGGCACCGGCUGACUCCUCCGGGCCUGUGGGGGCGCCACCCCCGGCGGUGCCCAGCAUCGUGAGGCCGUCCCCCUCGUCGGCAGCCCUCGCCGCCGCCAGGGACACGGGUGCUGGAGCGGCGCCCUCUAGUGGCGGUGUCGGCGGUGACGUCGUUCCGUCCUCCGCUGACCCCGCCUCCGCGCCGGCGGCGGCCCAGCCCCGCCCCCAGCGGACGCGGCCGAAGAGCUUCGCCGAGCGCAGCCGCAGCUUCAGCUCGGAGAGCCGCGCGGGCAUGCUGUCGGACGGCGGCGUGGACGCCAUGGCGAGCCGCAUGGGCGCCGACGCCCGAAUACUGGCCGCCGCCCUGUCCACGGCCGCCGCGCUGGGAGGGGGAGGAGCCGGAGGGGGGGGCGUGUCCAAGGCCCUCUUCAAAGACCUGGACGAGGAGCCCGAGGACGACCUGGGCUCGCCUUUGGUCGACCUGGGCUCGUCGUCGGUCGACCUGGGCUCCCCAUUGGUCGAUCUGUCAGAGGAGGCAGGGCCUCAAGAAGACGCGUUCCCAGGGGAGGAGGAGGCGAAGGAGGGGACGGGAUUGGAGGAAGGGCUGACGGAGGGGGUCGGGGAGGAGAAGGAGGAGGAGGAGGAGGAGGAGGUGGUGAAGGACGGCGAUCUCGCCGACGAGGCGGCGGCUGGGCGGUCGCUGGAGCGCGAGGACGUGGUGGUGGGCGCCGACCCGCUGUCCCGCAUGGCGUCGGAGACGGAGGAGCUGGCCUCCAUCUCCAGCCAGGACCUGCCCAGCCCCGCCUCCAGCCUGCCCGCCGUGGUGUCGCGCAACCUGGCCGAGGAGAUCGAGAUGUACAUGAGCCUGGGGCCCAAGUCCUCCAGCAUGGAGCUCCGCUUCGACCCCGCCCCCCCGCCGGAGCCCUCCCCCCUGGGGCGGCGGGCCAGCCUCCCCGUGCCCCCCGCCCAGACCCCCUCGCCCCCCUCCACCACGGCGUCGCAGGAGGCCACGCCCAAGCGCAGCCCCCACGCCGUCACACGCUCCAAGACCUUCACGGCCCGCGGCCGCACGCCCGUCUCCGGGGGCGCGGCGAGCCUGACGCCGCGGCCCAACGCGCUCACGGCGCUGGUGAGGGCGUCGCCCGCCGCCAACACCCUGGGCUCGGUCAUCAACUCGUUCUCGGGCAUGAAGAUGGACGCGCUGCUGUCGGGGCCCAAGAUGGACGUGCUGAAGUCUGGCAUGAAGCAGGCGACAAGCGUGGCCAGCAAGGUGUGGGGCGCAGUGGUGUCGGCCUACGCCUACUCCGACGACGAGGAGGAGGCGGGGCCGAGCGCGGCGGGCGGCGGGGGCUUCCCCCCCCACCUGAACGACGCCCUGCUGACGGAGCGGGGGGAGGCGGAGGGCGGGGCCGAGCGGGGGGGGGCCCUGGGCCUGGUGGCCAACGGGCUGCACCACAGCCGCAGCAGCCUGGGGAGCAGCAGCGGCAGCAGCGACACGGGCCGGGGGGGGCCCCACACACAUGCCACCCCAGGCCGAGGGGUCCGGGGGUCGGACUCGGAGCACGGCUCCUCCCACCACGCCUCCACCUCCAGCAUCUAUCAGAACUGUGCACUAGAGGUGCUGAUGUCCAGCUGCUCGGUGUGCCGGUCGUGUGCGGCGCUGGUGUACGACGAGGACGUGAUGGCGGGCUUCACGGCCGACGACUCCAACCUCAACACCACCUGCCCCUACUGCCGCGCCGUCUUCGUGCCCCUGCUGCACGUGGAGUUCAGAGACCUGCGCACCAACAGGUUCUUCAUGAAGCCCAGCGGUUCGGGGGACAGCAUCCACAGCGCCUCGGCCCCGCCCACCACCACCACCACCACCAUCAGCAGCAGCAGCAGCAGCGGGGGGAGCAGCAGCCUCAGCUCCUCCACCACCAAGUCCCCCGACCUGAUGGGCUUCCCCCCCGCCGCGUCCGAGGGCUCCGGCGCCGACAGCCCCGGCACGCCGUCCGCCUCGCACAAAAGCCUGGUCCGGGAGCCGGUGCAGUCGGACCCCCUGGGCCUGCUGGAGCCCCCGGCAGAGGGGAAGCACUCCUCCGGGACCUUCCUGACCCGCAGCAACAGCGUGGGCGGGCCCCUGCAGAGCCUGGACUGCAGCCUGGCCCCCGGCCACGGCGUCUCAACCGCCAGCCUGCCCUGCAGCCUGCAGGAGGCCACGUUUGGCGUGGGCACGAAACGUCCGAACCCCAAACCGGUGUCCGUGCCGUACCUCAGUGCCCUGGUGCUCAGGAAAGAGCUGGAAACCAUGCUGGAGAACGAGGGGGACCAGGUGCUGUACACCCACAAGUUCCUGAGCCAGCACCCCAUCAUCUUCUGGAACCUGGUGUGCUGCUUCCAGCGGCUGGACGUGCCCAGCCACCUGCCGGGGCUCAUCUUCACCUCUGAGUACUGCAACAACGGGGAGCAGCUGCCCCUGACCUCCCUGUCCCAGGACAGCAAGCAGGUGUACAUCCAGAUCCUGUGGGACAACAUCAACCUGCACCAGGAGCCCGGAGAGCCGCUCUACGUGCUCUGGAGGACCUUAGAAGCAGAGAAGCGGCGGCCGCUGGCUCCCCCCGACCAGCAGGAGGCGCUGACGCUGCUGCACACCAUCGCCCGCAGCAUCCAGACCAACGACGUGUACGGCCCCAUGGACCUGCUGAUCAGGGAGCUGAAGAGACGGCCCCGCCCCAACCGCCAAAGGAGCAUCUACAGAGAGAUCCUGUUCCUCUCGCUCGUGGCUCUGGGCCGGGAAAACAUCGACGUUGAGGCGUUUGACAAGGAGUACCGGCAGGCCUACGACAACCUGAGCCCGGAGAAGCUGAAGACGCUGCGUGCGUUCGACCAGCCGCCCGGCGCCAAGGCCCAGUGGUGCCUGAAGUGCUUCGGCAGCCCCAUCAUUUGAGCGUUAGCUCCUCCUAGUGGCGAUGGAGUGGACCUGCAGCCCAUGCUUCGGUCAAAACACGGCACACGUCUAGGAAAUGAAUAGAAUAGGGGACAAGGAAAAAAGUGGAGCGACGAUUGUUUAAAGCUUAAAAUAUUCUCUACAAAUUGUCCAUGAAUGGUACUUAUGGAGACAAAAAUAGAAAAAAAAAGUUUUGACAGCCUUCUUAGGAAUUAUUUUUGCCUUUCUGAUGUUUUAAGGGGCUAAUUAGGCCUAUAGUUAUAUGGAUGCGUGUGACUUUGAGCGUGAUUAUGAAUUGCUGGUGAAACGAGAGCGAUGACGUUUGGCAAUGAGUGUUUGACGUCGUUCCAGCGAUGACCGCGUCUGCUUGCACCGCUGAACUGUGUCUGUGUCCCUCUCCUGUCUGUGCACUUUCUGUAAACUGUAACACGUCCGUCUAUAUCUCUGUACAUAUACCUGUACCAUAGGAAACACGUCAUAACAAGGUUGGCCUUAAGGUGCGAGUCUCGAAGACGCUUGGGUUUUUUCGGACUCUUUUUCUCUGCCCAACCAAGUCUUAACUACGAUGAAUGUCAAAGGUUUCACCUAAACGCGUGGAACCUGUAUAAAUAUGUGUAUGCUGCUCAUCUGCAACGCGCGGAGACAACGGGGGACGCCUACAGACAAUCUAGUUUUGUUUCCAAAACAUUCCACAAGCCCCUCAACUUAAUACACGCCCCUUCUGUUUGUUGUUGUUCUCUAAUGAAACCACUUGGGGGCGCUAUAGGACCGCUGACUGGUCGGGAGUGACGGCACUACUGAUAAAAGCAGGGUUUUUUGUUAGCGAUCUCUGUAUUCCGGGUCUUAUGGGAGCUUGAGAUGAGUUCUACUUCAGGGAAAGAAAACGACGGCACACGCAAUACUGCAAAAGAAGACAAACAAAUUUAGAAACGUCUGUUCUGUGAUGUUAUCCAGCUUCCAUCGGCCGGUGUUGACCUGUUGAAACGCUUACUGGUGAUGAGACUAGGGGACUUCCCAAGAAUACUAUAAAUUAUUCUUAACAUAGUUUUAUCUGCCACAUUGGAGUUGGCUUUUAACGACGACACAUUGUAUAUGGUUUUCCAUCGAUUGUUUUCAAUGUUUUCUUAUGUAAUAUAAAUUCAAUGGUGAAUAUUCAAGCUGGGUGGCACUCGAUGUUAAAAUGUUGUCUUAAUACCUGCUGGUCCUGAGAGCGUCCAUCGUCUGAUCGGGAGGACCUGAAGACCUGAACUGUCUUGUAUAAAUACUUAAAUGAAAAAGGAAGAAAAAAAACAAUGUUGAAUUUGCACUGCUUAGAUGAAUAGCUGGCCUUCACCCUGACUGGAGGACCUUAGGCUGUUUGGGUGAUCUGACUUCUGGCAAAACAGACAGCCAGAAACACGUGUCUAUCUGCUCCACAAGUAAAAUUUUAAAAAGGAUUUGACGGCUAUUUUAUAUUUUUUGUAAGUGUUGCAGGCCUCAUUGGGUUUCAGUUACACCCGGAGCACACACUUACCCAUACUCCAUGUGUCAUUGUGAAUAUACCGUCUCCUCUCUGAGGCGCUGAGAUGUAUUGUAAGGUUGUACAUAAAGGACUUGUGGUUACCGUGUUCCGUCCCGGAAUGAGUUCAUGUCUUCACACAGUUGUUGCGCUGCAAUAAAUAGGGUGGUCCUGAUUUACAA